GGUCAAGCAAGUCAACACGAUUGUUUACAUGUUGCAGAACUCAGGACACGAUGAAGCUAGCAGCACUGUGCAUGUACGGGACCCUGCUCGUCCUCUCCAGUCCAGCAGGGAGCUCAGCAGAAGCCCUCCAUGGAGACGUCUACUGGGGCCAGGGGGCAGGAGGCUGCAGGGUGAGUCUGAGCCCGCUUGGACCAUGUGGUGGAGAGGGGAUGGAAGGAAACAUGUGCACCUACAGGGUCAACCUGCCAGCCCUCACCAUUCAGCUACCCAGACAGCUCCACGACCUGGAGGAGACGCUGAAGGAGGUGGAAAGCCUUCAGAAGACCCUGGAAGAGCUGAGGACAAGGUGUGAGUGCAGGGGGAGCCAGGAGGAACGGGAGAAAGAGGGCUGUGGGGAAAAAGAGAGGGAGAAGGAGGGAAAGAGGGAGAUACUUAAGGACAAAGACAAGGAGUGGGGUAACAAAAAAGAGACAGACAACGCGAAAGAAGGGACAAAGAGGGUGGAAGGGGAUGAAAACAUUGACAAGGAUCAGGAGAGAAAGAUUUUGGAAGAAAGAGAGGGAGGAAGUGAAUGGGAGAAAACAAAAAAAGGAGAGAAAGGAGGUAAACAGACCAAAAAGGAGAUGUUAUGGGUGCCAAAAAGAACGACUGGUGGGGAGAAGGAAAGUCAGGGGGGUAAGAUGAGAGAGAAGGAUGUAGAAAAGUGGAAAGCAAAUGAGAAGGACAGAAAGAAGGAUAAAGAGAAAAAGAGAGAGGAACACAGAGAGAGAAAUAUGAAGGGAGAUGUCCAGCAGGGAAAAGUGAAGGAGAAGGAGGUAAACAAGGUGAGGGAUGAAAAGAGAGAAAAGGAAACGCAGGUUCAUCCUCCGCUGCAGGGGAAAAAGGAGAAAGAGAAAAAGACUCAGGGAGGAAAAGAAACAUGGAAACCAACCCCAACCCCAACUCAAGGACUUGUGGAAAAGAGGACAAAAAAGCCACAGACAGAAGAAAGGGAAAAAGAGACAGAUGAAAGGAGAGAGAAAGAACUAGAAAAACAGACUGUGAGCCAUGGAAAAGCAGACAAAGAUAAAUCUUUAACGAGAGGAGGGGAGGAGGAGAAGAGGACAGCAGAGAAGGAGUCGGGAAAGGAGAUCAAGGAGGAGACAGAGAAAAUGAUUCAGAGUGUGCAGAGAGACAGUGGAGUACAGCUGUCAUUAGACAAGGGGCCAGAUACACCCAGCUCAGUAUCAACCCUCCGCCCAGGUCCUGGACCUGAGCCCUCUGAACCCUAUGAUGCAUCCACCUUCAUAUCACCACCAGGCACUGGCUCCAGUCUUACAUCUCUCACAGAGCAGAGGGAUGAUCUCAGACCUUCCCCAGGGAGCAACAACAGCCCUGGGUCAGUUCCUGAUGCCCCCUACCCUCCCGUUGACUCCAGCAGGACAACCAGCCCAACCCACAAGACUACAGUACAAGAUCGAGACCAAAGCUCAGGGCAGAGGAUCAGUGCUUAUUUCCCCAGCCCAACAACCACCAGCCUCAGACCCAGACCUGCCCAGCGGCCCCACAUCACAACAACCAGGUCGGGACUACACAUCAUCAAUGCAGCUCUCAGGCCCAGGAAGACCAACUCAAGCAAGACCACAACUUUCAGCCCCAGCCUCACAACCACCAGCAGGUCCACAACACACCGGAGGACUGCAAGACCCAACUUCAGGUUGAAACCUAGCCAAACUGCCACAACUCACAACCCCGACCCAGAGACUAGCCAUGGGACUGGCUACUGGACCACUUCUAGCACAUCAGGCCUGGCAGCAACCACCUCUAGGCCUGGGAAAAUGACCACCACCACAUCUAUUCUAGAAACCCAAACGGACCCCAAGCUGAGCUCGCCCAACCAUAACCACAGGACUCCCAUUCCAGGAUCUAAAUUGAGGCCCAGGAUUGCUGGCCCACCCAGAAAGCCAUUUAAACCAGGCCCGAAAGGUAAGGUCAUCUCAAAACCCAAGCUCAAACCCAGUCCGACUAAGUCAACCUUCUCCAAUCCAGUCUUUACUAGACCUGACCCAGUAGGUCUUGUUCCGGUUACUACUAUCAGUUCCAGUCCUGAGAAAAACAGUCCAAGCACAAGGACUGACUAUGGAAUAACUAGCACCGCAAGAACUUGUUCAACACCAAGUUCAACAAGAUCUAGUUCAACAUUUAGCUCAACAGGAGCUAGUUCAACAACAGCCAGUUUACCAGGAGCAACCACAACCACCCCAGCCUCAAGCCAAAGGAUCACCAGCCCGAGAUCAAGGAUCUCCAGUCACAGCCAAGGGACCACCUCAGCAGGAACCCAGCCUGUUGAGGUACAGAAAUCUAGUCCAACAACCAGAAGUUCACCUCAACACAGACCAGUGAGCAGCAGCUCCACCUCACAACCUAAAACAGGAACAUGGCCCAAACCAAACCUUGGGCAAAAUCCAGGGGAAAAUUCUAAAUCCCAUAAACCUAAACCUGGGACACUGCCACAACCCAGACUAAAGACAGAAAAUACACAUGGGAUACAGUCUACCCCCAAGAAUGAAACUGGAACUAGGUUACAACCUAAACCUGGAUUACAGCCUAAACCUGGUUCACAGCCUAAACUUGGUUCUCAGCCUAAACCUGGUCCUAAACUUGGUUCAGAACUAAGACCUGGAUUACAACCUAAACCUGGUUCACAGCCUAAACCUGGUGCUAAACCUGGUUCAGAACUAAUACCUGGAGUACAACCUAAAUCUGGUUCACAGCCUAAACCUGGUUUACAGCCUAAACCUGGUUCACAGCCUAAAAUUGGUUUACAGCCUAAACCUGGUUCAGAACUAAAACCUGGAUUACAACCUAAACCUGGAUUACAACUUAAACCUGGAUUACAUCCUAAAUCUGGUUCACAGACUAAACCUGGUUCACAGACUAAACCUGGUUCAGAACUAAAACCUGGAUUACAAACUAAACCUGAUUCACAGCCUAAAUCUGAUUCAGAACUAAAACCUGGAUUACAACCUAAACCUGGUUCACAGCCUAAACCUGGUUUACAGCCUAAACCUGGCUCAGAACUAAGACCUGGAUUACAACCUAAACCUGGUUCACAACCUAAACCUGGUUCACAACCUAAAUCUGAUUCAGAACCAAAACCUGGAUUACAUCCUAAACCUGGUUCACGUCAUGAAUCUGGUUCAGAAGUAAGGCCUAGAUUACAACCUAAACAUGGUUCACAACCUAAGACUGAUUCAGAACUAAGACCUGGAUUACAGCCUAAACCUGGUGGACAACCAAGACCUGAUCUGGAAUCUCAACCUGUUCCAGAACCUAAACCUAGUGCAGAACCUAAAUCUGGUGUAGAACCUAGAUCCCAUCCAAGGACCACCAUUCCAUUCUUCAACAUUAAAAGCUCCUCCACAAACACUCCGUCUACCUCUAGCACUACAAUAAACGUUAUCAAACCAAACCUGAAAGUAGCCCAAACCGGCCCCAGAUCAACUCCCUCCAUCAGCCCCAGGACCUCCAUAAGCCCCAGGACCUCCACUACCCCCAGCCUGAAGUCCCAUUCUAACCUGUACAAUACUACAAGCCUAACCGGCACAGUCCAGAUUUUAACGACAAGCCCCACACUAGUAAAGACCAGUACGGAGUCAAGGACCAUGAUUACCACAAACCAAAAGACUACAACACCCAUCUCAAGACUAACCAUCUCAACCCAACAAACCACUCUGAGGUCUAGCCUCAACAAAAAAACCCACACCAGGACUACUACUACCACUGCUUCAAGCCCAGUCAGGCCAGGAAACAAACCCUCUGGUCCUCCUACUCCCAGUCAUCAUCCAUCUACCUCCACCCCCAUGCCUGACUCCUCUACCCCCAUGCCCGACUCCUCCACCCCCAUGCCCGACUCCUCCACCCCCAGUGCACGGGAGCUGCGUGUGAACCCCAGCCAGGUCCCUGGAGGUGGGCAGAGUCAUCAGAGGCCUGUGCAGGUGGCUCCUCCAGCACCCAGGGACUGCUCUGAUCAUAUGAUCAGUGGAGCGCAGAACAAUGGCAUCUACCAAGUGACCCCUGACCCCCGAAACCAAAGCUUCUCGGUGUUCUGUGACAUGACAUCACACCAUGGCGGCUGGACGGUCCUGCAGCGGCGCAGCAACGGUAGAGUGAGCUUCAACCGCAGCUGGGAAGAGUACCGGAGAGGGUUCGGGGGACUGGCGGGAGGGGAUUUCUGGCUGGGCAAUGACCGCAUCCACCUGCUGACCCGCUCCAGGAACAUGGUGCUCCGGGUGCAUCUGGAGGACUUCAUGGGGGCCCGAGGGUAUGCAGAGUACAGCCUGUUCCGGGUGGCCAGCGAGAGGAUGCGUUACCGCCUGUCUGUGGGAGGGUACUCAGGCACGGCAGGGGACGCGCUACGCUUCAGCAAGAACUACGACCACAACAACCAGGCUUUCACCACCUCAGACCGUGACCACGACCGCUACCCCUCUGGGAACUGCGGAGCGUACUAUGGCUCUGGCUGGUGGUUUGAUGCCUGCAUGGCUUCCAACCUCAAUGGGAAGUAUUACGUGGGCCGGUAUAAAGGAGUGAGGAACGGAAUCUACUGGGGCACCUGGCCAAACAUAUCAGCAGAGUUUUACCCCACAAACUACAGACUGGUUUUCAAGUCAGUUCGCAUGAUGAUCAGGCCCAGAGGCUUUGCACCGUAAGCAGGGCAGCGAGGGGACGCCAUCUGGGCAUGCUUGAACGCAAGGAGAUAGGACUCUUUCUAGGUAAAUGUGAUUUUAACCAAUAACCUUAAAUCAAAUAUUACCGUAACUUUAUCCCUAACCUCUUGGUGAAGCACAAACAACCAGGCCCCCACAGUUAGUGUAAUGCUGCCACCUAGUGUUAAUAAUUCAUACUGCUAUUUCAAGGGUUUAGCGUGAACUGUAAGGAUGUAGAUAUUUACAGACGUUUUUAAUCUUCUUAUAUUGUUUACUACUGGUAAGAAAUGUGGAAACAUGAUUUAUAGAGCUGUGACGGAAUGAGAAACUACUCUCUUUCGAAGUGUUUUUGGUAAUUUGGUUGUGUAAAGAAAAGGUAAUCGCUAUUGUAC